AUGAGCACAGAAGGAUUAAGGCUGAGAGGAGAUAAGACCAGAUGGACCCUAGCCCUCGGUCAUCAAGAAGAAGGAGGCUGUUUAGUGGGAGAGGAUAAGUAUUGUAUAGGUACCCGUCCUGCCCCAGACGGGGCGUUGGAAGGGUUCUUAGGGACAUGGAGGAAGGGGAUCCUGAAUCAACAAACAGCAGACGAAUGGCCCAGGAUGAUUGGAGGAAAGUCAAAACUCCUCAGCGAGGUACUACACCCAACCGAAGAUCAGGAGAACUGGAAAGCAAUACUAUCAUGUGUGAUGUAUGAAGCUAUGAAAGUCGGCGAAAUAAUGGUUAAGGAGCAAACAGGGAACCGACUGGUCUGGAGAGAGAGAGACUGGAACAAGACCUUAUCACAAGGAGUAUCCGAUGAUUGGAGUAAAUCUGGGCCAGGCCAAAGCAUGUUGGUUGCAUUGCUAUGUAUUCUGAGAGCUUUGAUAGGGUGGCAAAUAACAGACCAGGCCCCUUCCACAGAAAUAACGACUCCAUGUAGGAAAAUAUGGGAGAUGCUGGCUAUCACCCUCCCGGAUGAAAAAUCUCGCCCCCAACGAGAAGGUAUAACUAAUAGCAAGCAACUCCUGGACCUCAUGACAAAGGAUGACCUUGGAAGCGAAGAUCAGGGGAGUAAACUCGGAUUUCUGUUGAGUAUAUAUUCUGGGCUCACCAAGUGUUGUGAAUAUAAGCGUUAUUAUAGUUUGACAGGACUAAUAAGAAGAGCAGGGGCACCAGGGAACGACAUAGGUCCAUGUCUUCUGGAACAAGGGCAGUUAAGAUGCGAAGCAGAAGCAUCAGGGGGGGUUGGCGGGUAUUUAAAUCUAUGGAGGAAACACAUGAAAUCUAUGGUUGAACCAAACAAGCCGGAAGAAGUCAAGAGAAAUCAAAUCCUGAUCAAAACCUCCAAACAAGAUGAGGCUGACUUGCAGAUGAGGAGACAGAAGGCCUUACAGGGGACCAAAUUUCAACAAGAAUGGGUAAACGCAAGGAACAACUGCACAGGAGGGAUGAUUCAAGGGAGAGAUCCAUGCACGGUUAAAGAGUCGGAGCUGGCUAAGAAACUGGAGGCCAAGGGUGACACCCCCUCAGGAAGUGGACAGAAGUCACCUCCCGCCCCGAAACACCCUGGACCUGACGGCGCCCAGACUGUAGCAUCAGAAGCAGAAGUCUCAGCCAUCGAGGUUGGGGAUCUCUCUGGUCGUCAGAGUGAGACACAGACGGAGCCCACAUCCCACCGGUCAGAACAGCCUCAGGCAGCGUCAUCAAAGAAGGUCAGUAACCGUAUCUCCGGUGACUCAGAAUUAGAUACGGGCCCCCAAGAACCAGUCGAAUCUUCGGGUAUGGAAACCGAACAAAUCUUAGAGUCCGAAGCUGACGGUGAGAAGGGGCCUAUAGGCAUAAGUAGUAUAAUUGGGGGAGUCGUAGGGGGUGUCUUAGCUAUGGCGGGUUUGUAUGGUAUAUAUAGGGUUUUCUUCAGCCGCCGCAUCUCAAGGACGACCCCAAGACUAGGCUCCAGACCGCGGAACCCGCGACCGGUGGGGUAUAUUUUGCGGCAGAUCGAGGUCGACUACUGA